AUGACUUGUACUCAUAUUUGCCUGGAUGUGAAAACAGCUCUUUGUGAAAUCUGGGAUCCUAAAAGAUUGCCAGAGAGCUAUCAACAUAAUGAAGUUGGAGAGCCAAUGACUAGGGAGUUCUUAUAUUCUAAUGUGUGCAAAAUACAGGAUGGUGAAAAUUGUUCUUCUGUUAUUCCUUCUACAGAGCUAUCUUCUGAAGAUUCUGAAGAGGAUAAAGAACAUACAUGUGAGACAUUGCUGAUGUGCAUUGUUACCGUGCUUAGUCAUGGCCUGAGGAGUGGGGGUGGAGUAGGAGAUGUACUCAGGAAGCCGUCCAAGGAGGAACCUCUCUUUGCUGCAAGAGUGAUAUAUGACCUCCUCUUCUUCUUUAUGGUGAUCAUUAUUGUCCUUAAUCUGAUUUUUGGAGUCAUUAUUGAUACUUUUGCUGAUCUAAGAAGUGAGAAACAGAAGAAAGAAGAAAUUUUGAAAACAACAUGCUUUAUUUGUGGUCUGGAAAGAGACAAGUUUGAUAACAAGACAGUGACUUUUGAAGAACACAUUAAAGAGGAGCACAAUAUGUGGCACUACUUAUUCUUCAUUGUCUUGGUGAAAGUAAAAGACUCUACAGAAUAUACAGGACCUGAGAGUUAUGUAGCAGAAAUGAUAAAGGAGAGAAAUCUGGAUUGGUUCCCCCGGAUGCGUGCCAUGUCACUUGUUAGUAGUGACUCAGAAGGAGAACAAAAUGAACUUAGAAAUCUGCAAGAGAAGCUUGAAUCAACUAUGAAGCUGGUAUCUAACCUUUCCAGUCAGCUGACGGAACUUAAAGAUCAGAUGACAGAGCAGAGGAAGCAAAAACAGCGUAUUGGUCUCCUAGGACAUCCUCCUUCUAUCAAUGUGAACCCACAGCAACCAGCAUAAAUUGGAUGGGUGGCUUGUCUCCCCAUUGUAUUUCCUUCCUUACUUCAUAACAGAGUUGAGAUCUAAUCCUUAAAGCUGCUUCGGUGUAUUCCUGGUUCAUGUAAAUAACCCUAGUUUUUAUACUGUAUGUAUAGAACUGCUCUGAGAAAGUAUGGGGCUUAUAAAUAUUGGCACAUCAUUAGAGGAGGAUUACAUUUGUACCUUCAAAAUGUGUUUUUAUAGGAAGAAAGGCACAUCCAAUUUGCACUUGGAAAAGGAUUUAUGUCUGAAAUAAUACAUGAUCUGUAUUUUGUAUUUAAAACCUCAAGAUAGCUAGUAUUUAUGUUUUAUACAAUUGUGCAAUAUGAAUUAUGCAAUCACACUAGUUACUUUAGGAAUGUAUCCUACAGGGAGUGCACAUCUUUGAAUCUGGUGUCAUCUUACUUCAUUUGCAAAACAGCAUCAAAAGUCCACUAAUACAGGCUGCUGCCAAACGCUGUUCCUAGUGAGGUCGAGUUAAUCUUGAGAGGAAUCUUUUUUGUCAUGGCAAAUUAUAUCAGAAUGGUUCUCCAUGGCUGGCAGGUCAGAUAUUUUUUGUUUGGUUUUGGUGGCCUGUUGAUUUAGAAGAACCUAGAAUAAUGUAGAGGUAUCACCUCAGACUCUAGUUUUCAGGUACCAAUUCCAGAGAUGUUACACAUAUUGUUACUGUAUUCUAACAGAGAUACAUUUCCCUCAGCUAUACUUUGUACCAACUAAAAAAUAAACGAUGCCUUUUAGGACCCUUAGCUGAGCACUGAUUUUCCAAUACUUGUGAAAGAGCCACUAGUUAUAGAUUGUGCUUUAGUUUUUCUUCACACUUUGUUAAUCCUAAGAGAUUAUAUAUAUAUGUCAUCUAGUUUUGUACAUGAUUCUCAUUUUACAGAAGUAAUCUCUGCUUUUAAUAAGAAGCAGGGAGAUGAAGAGUGCUUAUUAAAGUUUGUAAAUGCAUAAAUAUAGAUAUUUAAAUAAAUGAUAGAAUAAAUAUGU